GGACUGGCAACAAAGUAGUCUUGAGUUAUUGAAAUUAUUGAUAUGAGGGUCAGCCUGAGAGCUUUGUAUAAGUAUAUUGUUUGCUAAUGUUAACUUUUAAUUUGCUUUAUAACUUCUUUUUGUUCUUUUAAAUUUUUGCAUCGAAUAUUAAGAUUGCUUAUGUUUUGCAUGAAGUUCCCCAGAUGACAAAAUUAUUUGUAAAAAUGCUCAGUUAAAGUACACAGGACGUGCGUGUGUGUAUGCAGGAAGCUCAUUAUCUGGUCUGCCUUUAUUAACACAGAAAAUUACUCAUUGAGCACACCACACCAUGCGUGAAUUCAAGGUAGUUGUUUUGGGAAGUGGAGGAGUUGGAAAAAGUGCCCUGACUGUUCAGUUUGUGUCUGGAAUGUUUAUGGAAAAAUAUGACCCAACAAUUGAAGAUUUCUAUCGUAAAGAAAUUGAAGUUGACUCAGCUCCUUGUGUGCUUGAGAUACUUGAUACAGCUGGAACUGAGCAAUUUGCAUCUAUGCGAGACCUGUAUAUAAAAAAUGGGCAGGGUUUUGUUGUAGUCUAUAGUAUUACCAGUCAUCAAACUUUUCAAGAUAUCAAGAAUAUGAAGGAACAAAUAAUGCGUGUCAAAAAUACCGAACGUGUGCCAAUUCUCCUCGUUGGGAAUAAAGUUGAUCUGGAAAACCAACGUGAAGUGACUACUCUGGAAGGCAUGGGACUUGCUCAAUUAUGGGGCUGUCCAUUUAUGGAAGCUUCCGCUCGAAAUAAAUGCAAUGUGAAUGAAGUCUUUGCUGAAAUAGUUAGGGAAAUGAAUUAUUCCACAGUUAGAGAAAAGCAAAAUUAUUGCUGUUGUGUUAUUCUUUGAUAGUCAUAAACAAAUUGGCAACUGCUUUAUUUCUUAUUGUGGACCAAUGGCCUGAUGCUAUUGCUUGAAAGAAGUAUGGAAGGCUGCCUUAUUGACUGUAUUACUACUGCUCACUUUCUAAAUGAAGAUGUUCUCGUGCAAUAUA